AUGAGACGUAGACAGAAAACUAGGACUAGGAUGAGUACGAGUAGGAGUCAAGACAAUCCUACUGAUCUGAAGAGCCAAUCAUACAGUCACCAGGAUGGAUUUGAGAUCUCCUUUGUGGAACAGCCUCCGAAAGAGCUACCACUAAAGUGCUCUAUUUGCCUGGAGCUUCUCACUGACCCCUGUAUCCUUGACUGUGACUGUGGGAACAACUUCUGUAAAGUGUGUAUUGAGAAGGUCAAGAAGAACGGCUAUCCUUGUCCCCUAUGCCAGCAGAAAUUUACGACCAUCCUCCCCAACAAGCAGCUACAGCGCACCCUCAAUGGGCUAAUGAUCCACUGUCCCCACAGGGCGGAUGGCUGCUCCUGGAUGGACGAACUUAGCAAGCUCAAGAAGCACAUCAAUCAAAUGCCAUCCAACGAGACAAGACUAGAAGGCUGUGGGCGCACUGAUGUGUUGUGUCAAUACUGCAAGAAGUUCAUUUCUCGUCAAUACAUCCCUACACACGAAACUAAGACAUGUCCCAAGAAGCCGUACACUUGUCAGUAUUGUGGUCUCUCCUCUGUCCUCGAUGACAUCAGAGAAAAGCACUGGCUCGUCUGCCUCCAUUUCCCUGUCCCCUGUCCAUACGAGUGUGGGAAGAGACUCCAACGCCAGAGCCUUGAGCUUCAUAUGGAGAAAAAAUGUUUGCUGACCCCUCUACAGUGCGGGUUCCGAUAUGCUGGUUGUGAGGUAGAGCUACCUCGGCAAGACAUGGCCAAUCAUCUGAGGGAUAGCAUCGUGGAUCACAUGACUUUGAUGUCCCUCAAACACAGGGAGGACAGAAAGGAAGUUAGUGCAUUGAAGGAAGAAUGUGCUGAUUUGAAGGAAGAGAACAAACGUUUGCAGUCUCAAUUGGCUGUUGUUAAUAGUGAAACUCAAAACUUGAAAUUUAAAGUGGUAAAAUUGGAGAUGCAAUUGGAUCACCAAGCUAGUGCUGUUGUUCCCCCUGUACAAUCGUCGCCUCGGGCACCCCUAGUUGUCCCCCCUGUACAACCACCUUCUUCUAAAGUACCUCCAGUGAAACUUGUGGUUACUGACGUGAAACAACUCAGACUCCUGAGAGAUGACUGGACUUUUGAGCCAUUUUACUCGAGAGGUGGCUACAAGAUGGUAUUGAAUGUUUAUCCGUAUGGUAAUCAAUGUGGCUCUGGUACUCAUCUUUCUGUGUUCAUCCGUCUCGUCCAAGGAGAGUAUGAUCAGCAACUGCAGUGGCCUUUCCUUGGGAAAGUAACAGUCACACUAGUGGAUCAGAGACUGGGAAGACACAAAACAGAGACAUUGUACUACCAUAGUUGGAGUAACUGUGGUGCACGAAGGUUCAACACUCUUACUAAUGCACAUGGAUGGGACACGUUCAUUGAGCAUAAGUACCUCCCUCCCAACUAUUUGAAAAACGAUUGCCUUGUGUUCCGUAUUGACGAUAUCAAGUACACGACAUCAAGCGAUGAGAACUGGUUAUUUUGA